UACAAAUAUGUCGCUAUACUAGAAUUUUGCUUGUUUAGGCCUACUUUGUCAGAUUUUUCUCAAUAAGUUGAAUUUUGUCAAGUAACUUGUAUUAUAAUUGCUGUUUGUAAUGUUCAUUAAUGAGUGGAAUGAUUCUAGAACACGGGACUGUGUCUGAUGUGGUGGUUAGAAAGAGAGGCAUGAGAGGCCUGUAAGUGAGAGUGAGCAAGAAACAGUAAUCCCCCUCAGAUAGAUAAAGACGGGAAUUCCCCCCCAUUGCGUGGGAACUGAGUGAUAACUGCUGUCUCACGGUGUGGGAGAGAGAACGAGAAUGGGAGUCCCCGAUUUUGAUGUGAAUUUGAAAAGAAACAGAUCAAGGGAAGCCCCGAGUUAUGUGUAUACAGGGUUUUUUCAUGUAUUGUAAUUUGUUCUGUGAUUGGCUUGUAUCUGUAAGCGUGAAUGAAGCAUGAGUGUGAUUGGUCGGUGAGGUCAUGUGACUUAUCCUCCCUGCGUGGAGGAGACGUGUCAUGAGUUCAUCAGUAGUCGUCGGGCGAUCGCUGCCAGGCGAGGCCGCGUUUCGGCGGUUCACAUUUUUUGCUAGGUGCGGCCGUGUUUGACAACGCACAUAUUUCGGAUAUUUCCAGAAAAAGGUUAUUGAAAGACUUAAUCACCAUUAUUUCUUUUUAUUAAUUUUCAUCGCCCGAGCUGUGAGCAUUCUCGACAGGCAAACAUACGAAUGAAACGAGUGAAUGAAACAUUGAAAGUGUUUGGAUUCGUCUGUGCAUUCUAUUUGAAAAAAUAAAAACAACAAAAUUACAAUCGGCGUUGAACAUCUGUUUAUUUUUGUGAGUAACGAACCGUUAUAUUUGGCGCCCAACGUGAGGCUUGAAUUUGGAUAGACCCUGAGAUUGAGACGGACAUUUCGGCAGUGAAGAAAAAAAUAUAAACAUUCGUAAAACAGUUCGUGAAUACGAUAACCUGAAAUAACGAAAAUUUACGACUAACAUUGAACAGUAUAGAAGAAAACAGCUAAGUGUAUCCAGAACUGUCGGUGCAACUAAGCGGCGAAUGCGGCAAGAGACAACGGGCUGUUUCGGCGAGUGAAGUGUUCCAGAGAAACGGCGGAAAGCGGUACAUCGCGGGACAGAGCGACCCAAGGCACCAUGGUACUUCAGGACCUCAUUGCCAGACUUCGAGAUCGUCACUUCGCGGGACAUCGCGGAAUGAAUCGCCGAAAAUAGCAAGUCGAAAAAUAGAACUAAAUUAAUUGUGUGCAUUGUUUUUCUUUUGUUUUAAGCAUUCAACUAAGAUUUGUGGUAAAUUUUUUGUAAUUUUUAUAUUUCAUUAUGACGAUUAGUAGCCCAGUUAAGGUUAUGGGGGGGUCACACCAAAUCAUGCAGUUACUAUUGUCAAUACAACAGCAAAUUGAACAAGGACACCAGAAAUUAAUACAGGAAAUGAAACAGGGACAACAUGAAUUUAUACAGGCAAUGAAACAAAACUGUCAGGAAAUGAUGCGGGACAUGACACAGGAAAUGAAACGGGAAUAUCGGGAACUUAUUCAGGGACAAAAUGAAAUCAACAACAAAAUAGAUCAGGCAACACAAAAUAGAAGGAAAUUCACAAAGAUUGCUAAGUUUAGGAGCGAAAUAUCUACACAGUUGCGACAGGAAUUUGGCAGGGAGGAGAACAAAUUUGAUGACUUUAAAAUUAAAAUUAAUGAACAGAUAGCCCCGUGUAUGAACAAAGUAGAUGAAUGCGCAAAUAAAGCAAAUGUAGGAAAAUGUGAAAGGGAAAUAAUAGUGUCAAAAGAAAAUGUUGAAGGUAUUGGGCAUGAUGUACAUGAACAUGUAAACAUUGGGAGUAAAUGUGAAAAAUUCCUAGAUGAGGUAAACAAGGGAAAUGUGGACAAUGUGGUUGAAAAAAUUCGUAUAUUCAGAGGUAAUACACAUAGGAUCAGGAGUUUGUGUAAACAGAUGGAAAAAGUGGAGAAUGAAAUGAAAGCAUUCUCAAAUACACUUAAAUAUCAGUUUGCCGAGGAUGUAAUCACAGGAACAAGUUCUGCAGAUUGCAGGGAAGUGAUGAAAAUACAUUUUUGUCAAAGUCUAUGCAAUAAUGUACCUAAAUGUGGGCUGUGGGAACCGAAUAGUUUUCAAACUAAAAAUUUUGCACUGAUCCAUGUGGAACCUGGAUUGAGAAAAACUGUGCAACAUGUUCAGAGGUUUUGUGUGUGGAAGCAUGUGUACAGAACUAUCGCCGAAAUUGUAAGCAGUUUGUUAAGGGCAAAGACAGAAGAAAAUCAUGAUACAUGUAAAUGGGGAAUGCAACAUCUGGAAACUGUGUGUGUAGACUUGUUUGGCCCAUUGCCUAAAUGGAGGGGUGGAGUCAAAACUAGUUGUGUCGUGUUUGAUGUUUUUUAAAUUUUUUGCCCAUUUUUUUUUAUGUUUUUCAGUAUUUUUUUUAUCCUUUGAAUUGUGUACCUUUUGAUGAUUUUUUGUAUUUUAUAGAGUUUUUGUAUUUUUUGAUGAAUAGUUGUAGUAUAAUAUAGGAAUGCACAAAUCAGAUUUAUAACAGCAAUUUUUUACAAGAUUCUUAAAGAGAAGGAAGAUCAAUACAUCAAAGUUAAUGUGAAUAUUUUCUGUUGUUUUGAAACAAUAAUAAUAAUGGUAUAAAUUCUUUUAGAGUAGACAGUUACUAAAUAUUAUGUAAAGAAAUGCUUUACAUGGUGAAAAUUUCAUUACACUUGGGUAAUGUUUGGUUUGGUUUGUUUAAUGUUGUGUCAUGGGAAGAUGUUAACUGAAAUCUAUUAUGAGUUAUGUUUUUGGGAAAAUGAUAUAAUUUUGAAAUGGUUAAAUAUUUUAAAUGAAAAUGCAACAUAUUUGUAAUGCUAAAUAUUUGUUUUGGAUUAAAUGACAGGGUGACAACAUCCUAUAUUAAAGGUAUGAAAUGUAAUGCUAAACGUUAAUGAAUAACAGUCGUCGAGUUUUGAAGAUGCAGAAGCAGUUGUGUAUUCAUGAUGGCCAGAGGUUAGGUGAAUUUUGUGUAUUGUCCUAAAUAAUCAGCAGAAGUUUUUUUUUGUGCAAGAUGGUUUGUGAGGCAGCUGGGGGGCCAGGAGGUUAAUUUUAAAAUGUUUCCGGCAUGGAGUCCGGUGUUUUUUUUUGCAAGGGUGAGUCGGUGAGUCCCUUCUCCUUGGUUGCUCCCACCCUUCAUUAAGGUUAAGUUUAUGUGCUGCUGUUGCUGAAAGGGGAGAUAUGGUUUGAAACCUAAGGAAGGGCGUUAGUUCAUGUAAUUGGUUUUUGAAGAAUAGAAGCAUACGACUGUGUCAUAAUGAAGUGUUUGUCAUGCCAUGACUGUAGAAUUGUCAACUUGUUUUGUGGAAAUUUAAGUAAGGUAUGUAAAGCUUAAACUUUGACGUGUAAUGACAAGUGCAGUGUAUAUUUGUGUAUAGCUUUGUAUAAUUUUUUGUUUUAAAUUUCGUCAAAAGGUUAGCCGAGCUGACUAGCAGCUAAAAGGGUUGUAGUUGGGCGUCCCUUACCUUUCGGCUAGCUCAGGAGCUAGGAAUGAUGGAGAAGGAAGUUGGAGGGAAAGGAACUCUGUGUAUUUUUUAUAUUAUGGUUAAUGAUACUUAGAAAUGUAAGUGAAGAAUGACAAAUGAAAAUGCAGUGUUGAUAAGAGAAUUAAAUUUGUGUGUAUUUGGUGUAAAUGUUAUGUGGUGUAACAUUGUAAUAAGAAAGUUUGAAUAUGAUAAGUGAUGAUGUAGUGGGUUAUAAAAAAGUUUUUAAAGUUUUACAUACUUAAUUUAAUGUUUUUUAGACUUGUCUUUGUUGCCACACUGGAAAGUUUACUAAGAAUUUCUGUGUUGUAGGAAGUUGAUGCAUCGGUUUAGAAGUUACAGUUCAUGGGUUAUCAGUGCUGAGCAGACUAGUUAUAAUUUUGAAAUAAGUGUUUUCCAGUGGCUGAAGUUAUAGUGGUAUUGUGAGAGUCUCAGAAUUUUAGAAGUUGUUUUUUUUGAUGGAAUUUAGGAAAAUUUUGUGUCAACAGUUUUGAAGUGAUAGUGUUGUCAAUUUUUUGUUAGUGCAGAUAUAAGGAGUGGAGAUUUUGGUUGAUUUGUGGGUUAAAGUGGUUGUUUCAUGGGAUUUGAGGAGUUUAUCAUGAGCAACAGAGAAUUACAGUAACAAUGGUUUUUAAAGGGUUUUAAAGGAGAUAAUUUGUUUUGAGGUUAUUUGUCGUCGUCGAGGUUUUGAAGUUUUGGUAUUUGUCAUCGUCGUUAAGGUGGUCAUGGAGACGUAAUUCCUGAAGUUUUGGUAUUUGUCAUCGUCGUUAAGGUGGUCAUGGAGACGUAAUUCCUGAAGUUUUUGUAUUUGUCAUCGUCGUUAAGGUGGUCAUGGAGACGUAAUUCCUGAAGUUUUUGUAUUGGUCAUCGUCAUUAAGGUGGUCAUGGAGACGUAAUUCCUGAAGUUUUUGUAUUUGUCAUCGUCGUUAAGGUGGUCAUGGAGACGUAAUUCCUGAAGUUUUUGUAUUUGUCAUCGUCGUUAAGAUGGUCAUGGAGACGUAAUUCCUGAAGUUUUGGUAUUUGUCAUCGUCAUUAAGGUGGUCAUGGAGACGUAAUUCCUGAAGUUUUUGUAUUUGUCAUCGUCGUUAAGGUGGUCAUGGAGACGUAAUUCCUGAAGUUUUUGUAUUUGUCAUCGUCGUUAAGGUGGUCAUGGAGACGUAAUUCCUGAAGUUUUUGUAUUUGUCAUCGUCGUUAAGGUGGUCAUGGAGACGUAAUUCCUGAAGUUUUUGUAUUUGUCAUCGUCGUUAAGGUGGUCAUGGAGACGUAAUUCCUGAAGUUUUUGUAUUUGUCAUCGUCGUUAAGGUGGUCAUGGAGACGUAAUUCCUGAAGUUUUUGUAUUUGUCAUCGUCGUUAAGGUGGUCAUGGAGACGUAAUUCCUGGAAUUUAUUGCAGCUGGUGUUGAGGGUUCCACGGCUGUGAAAGUAAGUUGUUCAGAAUUUUUUGUUGUUAUUGAAGAUUCUUCGUUGACCAGGGGGUGUCUGCUUGAAGCUUGUAGAGAAACCAGUUUCAAAGUAACUUGUAUUUUGCACUGAUGAGAGGGAGAUAACCAUUUGUGGAGAGUUGUUGACACUUUGUAGUAAGAGAUAUGUUUUCGAAUUUUUGGGUUUUUAACAAAGAAUUGAUGUUAUUGCAGUUUUUAAGUAACAGUUUUUUGAAUUUCUAUAUAAACAAAUGUUGUAACGACUGGAUACAUUUAUUUCUCAGGAUGUAUUAUAUUUAUUUUGUACAGAUUAGUUUUUCACUUUUGUAACUUUUCAAUUAAAUAUAGUGUAAAUUUAAUUGAAUAGUUGGGGGGGGUUAUGUAGCGUUGCAGAACCCUGCCCUCCAAGAUAAAUAACUUUCUUUUAAACUUCUUUUUGUAUAGGUAAAUAUAAAUAAGUCAAUGUUUUUAGAGUGGUAUAUAUGUUAUGAAACAGUAUAAUCAAACAUUGUGAAUAUUAAUAUAUGUUAUUUGCACGUGUGAUGUGUUUUAAGAAUGUACCUUAUAUUUUAAGAGACUUUUUAAUCAUUACUAUAUUUUAUGCAAUAAUUUACAAAUAAGUCGCUGUACUAGAAUUUUGCUUGUUUAGGCCUCCUUUGUCAGAUUUUUUUCAAUAAGUUGAAUUUUGUCAAGUAACUUGUAUUAUAAUUGCUGUUUGUAAUGUUCAUUAACGUGUGGAAUGAUUCUAGAACACGGGACUGUGUCUGGUGUGAUGGUUAGAAAAAGAGGCAUGAGAGGCCUGUAAGUGUAAAUGAGAAAGAAACAGUGCUUCCCCGCCAACCGAGAUAAAGACGGGAAUUCCCCCCCUGAGUGGGAACUGAGUGAUAACUGCUGUCUCACGGUGUGGGAGAGAGAACGAGAAUGGGAGUCCCCGAUUUUGAUGUGAAAUUGAAAAGAGACAGAUCAAGGGAAGCCCCGAGUUAUGUGUAUACAGGGUUUUUUCAUGUAUUGUAAUUUGUUCUGUGAUUGGCUUGUAUCUGUAAGCGUGAAUGAAGCGUGAGUGUGAUUGGUCGGUGAGGUCAUGUGACGUCUACUCCCUGCGUGGAGGAGACGUGUCAUGAGUUCAUCAGUAGUCGUCGGGCGAUCGCUGCCAGGCGAGGCCGCGUUUCGGCGGUUCGCGGUUUUUUGCUAGGUGCGGCCGUGUUUGAGACCGCACAUAUUUCGGAUAUUUCCAGAAAAAGGUUAUUGAAAGACUUAAUCGCCGUUAUUUCUUUUUAUUAAUUUUCAUCGCCCGAGCUGUGAGCAUUCUCGACAGGCGAACGUAAGAAUGAAACGAGUGAAUGAAACAUUGAAAGUGUUCGGAUUCUUUUGUGCAUUCUAUUUGAAAAAAUAAAAACAACAAAAUUACAA